GAAAAAAAAAAAAUCGAAAAAGCUGAGAAAAACGAGAGCAGAGAAAAAAUGUGACAGACGAACCAAAUGAGUAGCGAUGUGGAUGGGGAGGCAAGAGGAUGGCAUCCUUGACGUUUGUUCGCUCGUUGACGCCCAAAAGCAACUCGCAACGCUUUCACUCUCUCUUCCCCCCCUCUUUCCCUCUACCAUUGCUCAUUGCGGGUGUCCAGAGUCCCGUUCAGAGUGCGAGAUGUGUUCCAUGUCUAAUGUCGAAAUGCCACCUCUCCUGGCUGACCAUCUCGAGUGUGCUCUGUUUUCUGUUUGACGAUGACGAUGACAUUGGUGGUAGAUGCUUCAGUUGCUGCCUCUGUUGCUCUUGCCGCACAAAUUUGUCCUGCGCCUCUAUUUCGUAUUUGGUCACGGCGCAAAUUUUUGAUGCUUAACUAGAAAUGGCAGCUGAAGUGGCAGCAGCAACAACCACAACAACAACAGCAACAACAUCGAGGCAACUGCGUGUCGAGCAGCAUUUUGUGUUUGUGCGUUUUUC